GCCGUCGCUACGACUCCCUCUCUGCGCUCUCAGCGGGUGUAUGGCCGCAACUUAUCCGACUUCCUUAGCAACUAAUCCUCUCCAGACUGUCGCGGAAGUUGGUGCCAUCACCCCUACGCACGGGGGAAUGGUGAACGGCCACGAGUACGACCUGUCCAUCUCCCAGAGGAGCACUGCCGGCGAACAGUCACAGACGACGGACCCGCCUCCGCCGAACGAGACAACCCCGACACCUCAGCCUGCCGCGCUUUCGCCCGCACCUCGCCGAACGACGUCAGUGAACCAUAAGCCACGACCAGUAUCCAUGCCACCCCAGGCGUAUACGCAGUCGGGCAGCGACCGAGAGCGCGAUCGCUCCGAGGACGAGCGACGACAUGCGGAGAGGGGAGAGAGGAGAGACAAAGAAAGUUCCUCGGGUAGCAGGACGCGGACGUCAAACAGGAUCUUGGGAGACUACACCCUGAGCAAGACCCUCGGAGCAGGCAGUAUGGGCAAGGUCAAACUCGCCCACCACAACAUCACCGGAGAGAAGCUCGCCGUUAAGAUCCUCCCACGCGUCACCCCACAGAGUGCCAGCGGUGUUGCGGCCUCCGCGAACCCUGAAGCGGCGGCGAAGCAAGCGUCCAAGGACGCUUCGAAAGAGAUACGUACUCUCAGAGAGGCCGCGUUGUCGAUGCUCCUCCACCACCCGUAUAUCUGCGGUAUGCGCGAGAUGAUCGUCCACCAGCAUCACUACUACAUGGUCUUCGAGUAUGUCAACGGUGGUCAGAUGCUUGACUACAUCAUCAGCCAUGGGCGACUACGAGAGCGCGUUGCGCGCAAGUUUGCGAGGCAGAUAGGAAGCGCUUUGGACUAUUGCCACAAGAACAACGUUGUUCAUCGAGACCUCAAGAUCGAGAAUAUCCUCAUCUCUCAGACAGGAAAUAUCAAGAUCAUUGACUUUGGUCUCUCAAAUCUCUAUGAUCCUGCCCUACACCUCGCAACAUUCUGUGGCUCGUUAUACUUCGCAGCGCCCGAACUUUUGAAUGCAAAAGUCUACACUGGACCCGAAGUCGAUGUGUGGAGUUUCGGCGUAGUUCUGUAUGUCCUUGUUUGCGGCAAAGUCCCUUUCGACGACCAAAGUAUGCCCGCUCUUCAUGCGAAGAUCAAGCGCGGGCUGGUUGAGUACCCUGUUUGGCUUAGUGCUGAGUGCAAGCACUUGCUCACACGAAUGCUCGUGACAAAUCCGGCGCAGCGCGCUACUCUUACGGAGGUGAUGUCCCAUCCAUGGAUGGUUCGCGGAUUCAGGGGCCCUCCAGAUUCUCAUAUUGUCCAUCGCGAGCCUCUGCGUGCAGAUGAACUCGACAGGAAUGUCAUCCGGGGCAUGAAGGGUUUUGAGUUUGGUACAGAAGAGGAGAUUGAGCGGAAGCUCGUCGAGGUCCUAGAGUCUGACGCCUACUAUCGGGCCGUGCAAUACUGGGAGCGAAGGCGUAUGUCCGGUACCAACGGUCGCAACGGGCAUCCUGGAUGGGGCGGUUCGCUGUCUAACUCAUCCAUCGCCUUGUCUUUCGAUGGAUCGAUCGGUAACACCAAGAACGACGUCUCGACCUCGCCAUCCAAGAAGUCGAAGCGCUUUUCGGGCUUCAACUUCUACACGAGAAAGCUAUUUUCGCCGUCAUCGUCACCACCAAAUUCACCACUAAAUUCGCCGCCCACUUCUCAAUCUCACCUAUCACAUACGUCUCUUACUGAUGCCCACCAACGUGAACCACCGGAUCCUACCUAUGGCUUCCAUCAACUAAUUUCUAUCUAUUUCCUGGCACGAGAGAAGAUGGAGAGGGAACGUGUCUAUGGUCCCGGUCAUUUCGCCAGUUCUCAACUGUCUCUGGAAUCCGGCGGCCGCGCCGAGCCGACUGUCGAUGCCCCAGCUUCUCUUUCUCCUACGAAACAGCUUUCUACGCCGUCUGUUCGUAAGCCUGAGGCCGCUGUUGCUGGCAAGCCAGACUAUAGCAUGCCCUUGCCCCGACUGCCUGCUCCGGAGACCUCUCACUUCUCUGGGAUGUCCUACGACCCCGCUGCUGCCGCUCCUUCACCGACAGCAUCUAAUUUCCCCCAGCCAAGAGCCCGAGAUGCUGCACUUGGUAUUCCGAAAUCUGCCGGCGGAACUGCGCCAAGAAGUGUGCCUACUACCCCGGCGAAGCCCGCCCUUCCCCUACCUCGUACGCCGGAGAUUUCUGCUCACCGGCGCAGCCACAGCGUCAGCUCACGGCCAAGUGUCACUCGUGGGUUCACGAACAUUUUCGGGGGCGGUGCACCUACGACCGUCGACGAGCAUGGUGCCCAGAGACGCGACAUUUCUGAGCCUCCUAGAACAGCAGGUCCGGAGCUCACGUCGUUUGCAGAGCAGGUCGCGCAACGAAUGAGCCAACAGGAGGAACAGAACGAAGAUUCGCGUCUGCCGAUGUCUGCGGGCGCAACCCUGGUCCGCAAGUUUGGCAGUUUGCUCGGUGGACGCGGUGAUGGCUCAGUACGAAAUGGCACUAUUAAACGUGGAAGCAUCCUCAAUGGCUUCUCACCGAGGCCCUCUGCUGAGGUUGAGAAGCUUGCGGCCGUAGAGCAGGAGAAGCUGCCAACCGCCAACGAGAAGCAGGGGGCUGACGUCGAGGAUAAGCCUCCUACCCCGCUGUCGCCGAGCCAGAGUCAACCUGUCGGCUCCAACCAUCGCAGGGCUGCCACGAUUCUCGAUCCACAAGGGCGGGCGGCACGUCACGAGCGGCGGAGCAGCACUGGCGCAUCAUUGUUUCCCUCUGGCACCGUCGGACGACAACGCCGGCCGUCGACUGGCUUUGGUUCACCUGGGCGGCCAUUGGGCGACAGGCUAUUUGGCCGGACGGACGAAGAAGACGAGCAUGCAGAACAGGACGAGAACGAGCCGCCGACACCCACUACGAACGGGGCGGAACUAGUACAGGAGCCUGCGGAGCACAGUGCAGACGAGAAAGAGUUCAAGCCUGUGUAUUUGAAGGGCUUAUUUAGUGUCGCCACGACUUCAACAAAGCCUCCAUCAACGAUCAAGCAGGACAUCAAGCGGGUGCUCGAUCGCAUGCAGGUGCAAUACCGUGAGACGAAGACCGGCUUUGAGUGCAUCCAUAUGCCUUCGAUCGAUGUCGCCUCAGUCAUAGAUCCGGCACUGCCACAACAGCGCGGACACAGGAAACAGGGGUCUUCUGGAUCAAACGAAGUGGACGGGGCGCGCAAGUCUAUCGUGCGGAAGUCGUCGAAGCUGUCCUUUGGAAGGAAGAGCCGAACGGAGAGUAUCCGGGACGGAAAGGAGAAAGACUUGCCUAGUCGACCGUCUGGCGCGAGCGGUACGGUACUCAGCAUAACUCCAAGCUCUGCUUCCUCAUCGUUCUUCCACGUGCAAGGCUACUCCGGUGGCGAGGCGAGUCGGCCGGACACAGCCUCGGUCGCGGAGGACGGCGCGAGCGUGAGUGGCCAGAUCAGGUCGCACUCGCCUGCGUCAUCCAAGAUCCUUCCACCUAUACCCCGCGACUUCGCGCCUGCGCCUCAGCAAGGCAUGACGCAACCCGCGCCGCUUCCUACGGGCCCAGUCGAUCAGGACGUCUUCGAUUUACUUGGAGCGAGCUCUCUCGCUGUCCGGUUUGAGAUCAACAUUGUCAAGGUGCCCUGGCUGCCGCUACAUGGAAUCCAGUUCCGGAGACUAAGCGGUGACGGCUGGCAAUACCACAUGCUCGCGCGGAGAGUGCUAACGGAAUUGAAGCUCUAAGGAAGGCCCGAAGACUCAUCGUUCUUUUCAUCCUUCGUAUGGUAACUUAAGAUCAGUUUUGUAGCGCUGUCGUCAGCACUUAUUUCUUCUUUUUCCUUUGGUCGCUUACAUCGUUACCCUGGGUAUCUCCACAUGCUCUGCGUUAUGUCAUUUUGCUUUUUGGA